AACAGCGCCUCAUACGGAACUAAUAUGUUACUACAAUACAUCAUAUGACCGCAACUCAACUUUACACAAUAUUGCUAUUCCUUGAAUUAUGUAAAUCAGCUGGUUUACUAUAGAAAAAAUACAUUUAUAAUUUACUGCAAUGAAAACAGAAAUGUAGCUAUGACAAAUCCUAAUUUUAUAUACAUGCGUCACACAUAUGAAUUGUUCUGACUUUAUUUCCUCAAGUCACAUCAUAAAAAUGUCCUUUGAAAAGACAUGGCCAAGAGCAAUGGUGGAAAUGACUGGCAAUAUCUCACAUCCGGUAAAUCCACGAUCACGAUACACCUUUAGACCUGCUUGGAGGAAAUAAAGCAGGAUUCAAACGAUCUACCCUCGCCCCAUGCAAAUCAGUGCACAGUGACCCGCACAGCGACAGGUGCGUCAGUCGGGCAGGUACCCGGAAGAAGAGAGAAAAAAACAGGAGCUUGUUCGAGUUACAGUGUGUUAACCCUGACUGAGACUAAUUCUAGCCCAGCUAUAGCCAUGGACCAGAGGAGCCUACAGGCAGAGUUUAAGGAUCAGUUUACAGAUGUGGUGUCCAGACUGCAGUCUAAACAGCUGUUCCAGUCUGACUGGGACAUCGCCUCCUUCGCUGUCUUCUUCAUCUUCAUCGGCAUGGUUCUGCUGCUUGUUGUCCUGGUUCUGAUCCGCUGCUGCUGUGAUGAACAGCCUAGAAGACACAAAGUGGGUCAUGAAAACUUUGGAAUGGAGACCUGAAAGAAACUUGGAAACAGAAUUGAAGAUUCCACAAUGACGACACUUAGAAAAUUGAUUAGUCCUUUUUAUAAUUCAUUUUAUUCAUAUUUUUAGAUGCACUUUAUAUUUACCUUCUGUGUGCCAAACUAAGAGUUGUAUAACUUGUUUUCAUUCUGGUUCUAUUUACUUUGACGGGUGGAAAAUGUUGCACUCCCUGUGGUAACCCGUUUUAGCUGCCGUCUAAUGGUGGCAAGUCAUUGGAGGUCAUAUGAACCAGUUUGUUUACUUGUUCCCUGCACGGCUAGCGGUUGUUGCUAGGACGCCAGAAAGGUGAAGACAGUCACUGACUGUCACAACCAGAAGAUAAAAGGGCUUUCACUAACGGUUCAUGAAAAACUGGGCACCACUCUUUAUGUAGUAGAAUCAACACGAGUUCACAAAGCCAAAGUUUUGUACUUCGUUUUACGUGUAUUUUAAACGUAACUUCUUAAGUGUAUGUAAUGAGGAAUCAUAGAUAUUGUAGUAGUAUUGAUUCAAUGACUUUAAUGUAGUUAGUUAUAUUAACAAUAAUUCAAUGUUGAAACAUGUACAUCGUAUCAUUCAAAUGAUUCAAUAAUAUUUUUUCCUGAUUGACUUACCGAACACUCCUGUAUAACAUCUUUAUUGCACAGAUAAUAAAUCAUAUGGUCCACAACAUAUACAUCUCAAAAUAGAUUUGAAAACACUUGCAGUAAUAAUUAUUUUUGUUCAGCAUUAGAAUGGAUAUUCACUUCACAGGGAAUCAUCAACGCAAAGUAACAGAAGUGCAAAAAUAAACAAUUGAAUAAAUAAAAACAUUAGCAAACACAUACAUUUAAAAUUAACUGAUACAAGGACGAAUAAUAGCUUAGCUUCGAGGAGGCAUGAAUGUUUACCCUUCAAAGCUGGGAAUGUCAGUUUUCCUUUAUACUUGACAUAAAGCGUCAUUCCAAGGAAUUACAGAGUCAGAAAUCUACAAGUUAAUAUCACUAGGAAGAGUCACGGUAACACUGUUUCCUGUCACAAACGUAUACUUCUGCUGAGUAGUGUAGUCUACACAAAAUAACAGUAUUGUUUACCACAGUAUGACAAUCUGCUUGACAAAUUUUGAUUCCAAUAACUUUUUCACACUGCUGAGCAAACCAAGCUGGCCUGGUUACUCAUUAACCAUAGAUGCUGGAACCGUGUAGGAGAAGACCGUGUGUGUAUCGGUCCCUACCCAAAUAAACCAUACAUUUAAAAAAUA